AACCGACAAUCAUGUCUUCCGUUGAGGAUCUUCCAUCGUCUAAGCUAGGAACUAAAGAGCAUUGGGAUGAAGUUUACGAACGAGAAGUAGAGAAUUUUGAAGAAAUCGGGGAAGAAGGAGAAGUAUGGUUCGGUGAAGAUAGCGUCGAGAAGAUGAUAGAUUGGGCACUUGAUAACGUACCAUCUGAGGAGAGCGGGCCUACUGUUUUAGAUAUGGGCACUGGAAAUGGACAUCUACUUUUCGAGUUGGUCAGCAAUGGCUAUCAAGGCAAGUAUCUCAAGGGCGUAGACUACAGCCCGGCCUCAGUAAAGCUGUCAAAUCAGAUUGCUAAAAGUAAAGGUGAUAAUUUUGAAGAAGUUGCAUUUGAUGUGGUAGACGUCCUAGACAAACAGCAGAUAAGCAAUUUGGGGCAGUGGGAUGUAGUAAUGGAUAAAGGAACAUUUGACGCUAUAUGUCUCUCCGUCGGCUCGAAUAGGUUGUUGUACGCCCAGCAAGCCGCUGAAUUGGUAAAAAAGGGUGGGAAGCUCCUCAUAACGUCGUGCAAUUUCACCGAAGAAGAAGUAAAGUCGACAUUUGAAGCUGAUAUGAAAUUCAAGUACGACAGUCGCGUAAACCAUCCUACUUUCUCUUUUGGUGGAAGUAAAGGCAGCACAAUUUGUACAGUAGCAUUUGAAAGAAUAUAAAAAACCGAUCUCUUCCGUUGACCACCACGAUGAGAUUUGGGUUGCGAGC